ACAUAAACCCCGAUGAGGACUUCACCCUGAGACACAGAGGCUGUCAAACCCACACCACAGAGCCUGGACAUCAGGGAGGUAGGACCGACUGCAGCAGGGAGAACCAAUGAGGACCGGAAGUAGACGCAGCCGAUUCGCGCCAUAGCGCGUAGAGGCGGGCUCUCCACGACUCCCCCACCCCUUGCUAUUGGUCCUACUUAGACCCAGGCAGACGUUUGCGGCACAUUGUUUAAAAAUCCGCAAAGAAAAGAAAAUGGAGGAUGAUCUUGUCCUAUUCCGGAAAAAGGAGGGCUAGUAGUCUUUUUAGUCUCGAAGAGAUUGACGGCCAUCUGACUUGACGACACCCCUCGGACUUCUGUACCCUACUAGUCUGCUCGAGGCAUUACUGAAAACGGAAAAGAAGACCGUCUUUGAGUCGGGAGAGUAAGUGACGCGUACUGAAACGAAGGACAACAGCUCCGAGACGUGAAACACCGGACUGGAGGACGAGACGGAGCUUUUGAACGGGAGGGAGAAUUUACUGAUCUUCCAGAUUUUGAGGCUCACAAGCAUUUGGAUCCAUCAGGUAUAUCUUUUCAGCUUCAAUUAUUUGUUUUGUAUAUAUGAAAAUCUCCUUCCCUGAGCUAUCACCUUUUCGUGGUAGAGGGGUUUGUGUUGAUCCCAAGUUGUCUGGGGCUUCGUGUUCCUGGCAGGGUCACCUAUAGCACAAAGAUCCUAGGUGAGGGACCAGACAAAGUAUGGCUCAUAGCUCUCCUAUGAUGAAUGAAAUAUUUGGACCUUGAAUUCUCUUGCCUGGAAGCUGGUCACCAAAACCCCCUCAGGAGCUAGGCCUGGUGGCGGGGCUCCUUGGCAAGUACGUGGUUGUCCGGGCCUAUUCCCAUUGGCUCACCACUUAGGGGAGGGGCCAAAUAAGCCAGGUGCCGUGAGAGCUGUAAGGGAACCAAAUUUGGUGGUCCGUUCCUCGCCUACAGUUGCUGGCUCUUGAUAAGUGGAAUGUCACCACUCUGGGCGGGUAGGAGCCUGGGCUGGUGUGCAAAAUUCAGAAAAUAUCGGGCUCUGGUAUUAGUGUUCCCAAGAGGGUUUGGACACUUCUCUCUCGAGUUGUCCAUGGAGAGGCACAGAGGAGUUGUAGGCUUACUUAUUGCCCAAAUGCCUGUACAUUAGGGUUCAUCCUGGUGGAUGAGAGGGUAGCCUUCCUUUGGGUGAGGGAACGGGUCCUGAUUGUUGUUUGUCCUUCUACAUAAAACAGAAGUUCAGAGAACCCAUCCUUCCUAGAAUGGAGAGUGCUCCCUCUAAGAAUUCCCUCCUCCUGCUGAAGGACUUCAAUGCUCACAUGCGCAAUGACAGUGAGACCUGGAAGGAUGUUUUUGAGAGGCCCCCUCCCAAUUAGUUGUUGUGUUUUUGGACCUCUGCUCAGUGGCACCAGGACACGUUUGGCUGAAAUUUGCUGAUGGACUUUGCGGUUGUGACAUCUGCAGUAAUGUAUUGGACACUAGUGAAGAGAGGGGCGGAGCUGUCAACCAACCCCCAUUUGCUGGUGUGUUGGCUCCAUAAUUAGGGGGUGUUGAGCGUCUACCAGACUAGGAACAUUUGGCAGAGUCCUCUGUCAGAAAGAAUUUCAACGCCCACCGCCGAUAGAUCUGUGACAAUGUCCCGGAGGAAGAGACAGUCAUAGAGUCCAAGUUCCUUGCUUCCAUUGCAGUGUACUGUCAACACUGAAUAGUGAGGAUGGGGUGUUGUUGUCUUGGACCUGGGACAUUGUGAAUUGUUGGGGGGAAUUAUUCAAAGACCUUAAUGCCUCAUACAUCACUGACAUCUUCCAAUACAGUAUUGGGUCUCAAAGGCGGCCUUUCCUAUCUCCGAAUUGAGGUCACUGAGGUGGUCAAAAAGCUUCUCGGGGACAAGGCCCAUAGAUAUGCCCAGAAUUAUGAAAUGCUUUGAAUGUUAUUGACCUGUUCCUGUUGACAAGCUGAUGCAACAUUCCAUAAAUGAUUCACGGACAUCAGGACGCUGCCUUGGGGUUUGUAGACUGGGGUGGUGGUUCCACUUUAUAAGAAGGCGGACGAGAGGGUUUGUUCCAAUUACAGGGGGGUCAUACUCCAAAGCCUCCCUGGUAAGGUCUAUUUGGGGCUGGUGGAGGAGGAUCUGUUGUGAUGUUACAGUAAAUCUCAGAUUCAGGAAGAGCAGUGUGGUUAUCUUCCUGGAGGGUAACCAAGGGUGUAUGAGUUUGCUCAACCAGUCUACUGUACAUCUGUUUUGUGAACAUGAGAAAGUGUUCAACCGCGGAUCACAGGGGGAUAUUGUGAGGGGUGUUCUAGGAGCACGGAAUCACCGCCCUAGUACAGUAGCUUCUAUGGACUAAAUAUCCAGGUGCAGCCAAGGGAUUUAGGGUGUCUGGUUUGGUGGCUACAUUUUGUUUUCCCAGAUGAUGUGAUUUUGUUAGUAUAGUGAAAGGGGACUGGUAUGAUAAGUCACCCGUCCAUUUAUUUAUUUAUUUUUUAGCUGCUUGGGAUGAAAAUCAACACCAGACCGUGGUACUCGGUUGGGAGAGUGAGGUGCCCUCGACAAGUCAGGGAUGAAAUCCCACCCCGAGGGGAAGAGUUGAGGAGUGGAACAUCUACAGGUGGAUCAGUGCAGUGUCUGAAGUGAUGCAAGGUCUGUUAUGGUGCAGAUGAGCCAAAAGACGGAGUUCUAUGAUAAUGAGCUGUGGGCUGAGGCCCAUAAGAUCCCAAAUACAAGACUUCCAGUAGAUUUUCCACCACACUGUAUCCUAGCUUUCUCUUAGAGGUGAAGUGACAAGCUUGGUCAUCCAAGAGGAGUUCAGAAUCUAGACGCUGCUCCUCCGCAUUGAGAUGAACCACAUGAGGGUUAGGUAACCCUGGAUGCCUCCUUGGGAAUGCUUCGGAGGAGAGGUCGUUAGGGAAAGAGCCAGGAGGGAGGUUCGCCAUCCAUCUCUGUUGGUUAUGAUAUUUAUUCAGCAUGGUUAGUCAACAAUGAUGAUUUAUAGGAAAUCUGUUUAAUCAAGUGUUGAUAGGUGAAACUGAUGAUUAAUCAAUGAUUUAUAUAUAUGUAAUAUUGAUGUUUUGUCCAUAUUUUGCAUCUAAUCAACAUGAAAAAGUGUUUUUAUCGUUGUAAUGUAUUUGGGAAGGGACAUAGAGGGUUAAUUGCAAUACUGUUGGUGGAAAAGGGUUGGUGGGAAACGGUAGAACAAGUGAGACCGGACACAGCUGCAGCCUGCGGAAGGUACAGUCUUGCGCAAUGUUGCGCAAUCCUGAAACUGUCUUGGGCAAUGCUGCGAAGGCAACCAGUGGUAUCCUGGCAGGCUUAAAGAGGUUCAAGAGGAACAAGACUUUUUCCAUCCUGGGGAUUUUUGUGUUAAACGCAAGAUUGCUUGCUUGGAUUAAUUUUGAUUCACCCAGAAUUGUUUUUAGAAUUAUCUUAUUAUUAUAACAACUUUUCUAUAGCAAAGCAAUUAAGAAGUUUUAUUUUGAAUUUGUGAAUCUCGCAAAGGCAACAGCAAAAGUCACACUGAUUUGCAGACGGGUUCGGUGAAUGCGCAUAUGAAACUGGUGGGGUUCAGUACCUCCAACAAGGUAAGGACCACUAUUUAACGGGGCUGGCGUCCUAUACAGAUUGAAUUAAUUGAAUUAUUAAUGAGUGCGGGUUUGACAGCGUGUUUUGAUCUUUUCCUAAAUGUGUACGUGUUUAUGGCUUGGUAAAGUCGCCCCCCUAACACCCCGUCCUAGAUGGAUGAAACAUUCCGUCCUUGGAACGAAAUUUCCACCUCGACUGGUUUCAUGUCAGACAGUGACGGCAUUUUGGGAGAAGACAUUAGUCUUUUAGUAUCAUGUAUUCAAACAUCUGGUUUCAACUUCAGUGGCAGAUAUGUCUUAGGAUGGUAACCAUAACUUGUGGUGCAGUGACAGACAUUGACGAUUUUUGGUUCUCUAAAAUGCGGUUUUCCUUCAUUUUCAGAGAUCCUUUCAGAUGCAACCCCUUUCUGGAAAGGCCCUAGUCUUUCUCCUCUCAAAGAAAGGAAGGGUCCUUACUGUUCCAGAUUCCUAGAGGAUAAUGACUCAUGAAUGGGAUUCAUACUUUCAAACUGUCACGCCACUGUCAUCAGAGUCAAAGAUGUUGAGGACAUCAGAGCCAGAAGGAAGUCUUGCCCAACAUAUUGAGACCUUUGUGGGGCAACAUGAGUUCUCCAACUCCCUAGCAUCACACGCUGCUUCCGCAACAGACUCUACAUUUGAUACGAACUAUUACUCGACUUCAAGUGUUGGACAUUCCACCUCUGAUUGUCCUUACGAAAACUACUAUAGAGAAACACCUUGGCAGACUGACGAACAACUUGUGUUUAAGGAUAUAUCGUUGAGAUGUGAAGACGCUGAAAUUAAAGAUGUGGCCAUGAAUGGCUUGUCUUCAUCUGGACCCUUGACGUCAUCCUAUUCAGCAGAGUUGCAAAGACUUAAGCCAAACUGUGAACUUCUAGCUUCAUCACUUCUUGAGGACUUUUCAGAUGUCAGUAGUUGCUCGGACACAGAGGUAAACAAAACAGAGCCUUGUAAAUUCAUUAAUAGUCCAUCUCGACAGCCUAGAACAGAUUCUCCUUCAAAACGAAGUCCAUCAGAAUGGCUUUUCAGCCAGCCUGAAAAUGUGACGCUUGCAAAUGAGAUUAAAACUAUUUUUCCCAGUUCCCCAAAAUUGAUAGCUGUACAAAAUACACCUGAAUGUUUACAAGAGAUUAACAAAAGUGUGGUAGAAAAUGGUAAUUGUAACACGGUCCAAAAUGAGUCCUCAGCGAUUUCAACCAGCGAAAGGGAUACUAUUGAGAACUGUAAUGACAAAGAUGGACUUCCAACUCAAGGAGAUACAAAUGUGGAGUGCAAUCAAAUUGAGGGAUGCUACUCGGACAUCUCUGUAAGUGACAGUGAAAACAUGACUAGCAUGGAAGAUGAACCAGAUGAUCUGAAGGAACAUACGACCGCAACACCUGAAUGUACAAAAACGUCAUGCGAAAAGAUGGAAGAUAACAACAGACUGGAGAAAGGAAAAGUUGACAUAAAGGAAUCAUGGCCACUGGAGAAUGAAGUCAAUGACAACCCUAAUGUCAUCAGACAGCAAAAAGUAAAUAUGACAUCUGUUGAAGAGGAUUGCGGUGCUGUCCAUCAAUAUCAAGACAAAGAAUUAGCUUCUUUGGGUGAAGAAACGUCAAAAAUACCAGAGCAAGCAAAUACUGAAUUCUCCACUGUUCAUGAUGAAAGUAUGGAAAUAGACAACCCGCUGCCAGAUAUGGAGAUCAAAUGGCAAGACAUGGAAAUGCAGCCUGGCACCUCCCAAAUCUUAGAUUCCCCUGAGUCACAUUCUAAUAAUGCCAUUUGUGAACCGGUGGAAUGCCCAAAUCUGCUGGAGCACAAAUGUCAAAAUAGUGGUUCCUGUUCACCGUUAUCAGAAAAUCAACCUCCUCAAAAUGUGAUUCCGGACAAUAUUUGCAGUCCUGUGAAUGAUGGUCAUUUGAGUUUGUGUAGCAAUUCAGAUUCCUCUCUAGAUCCAAAUACCCCAAGAACAGACACUAGUUUGGCAAGCGUGAAUUCCGGAACAAGCGAUAUCACGAUCAGUCCAGAAGUUGAUAAAAUCGCAGACUUGAUACAGAAACCCCGCUCAAGUACCGACACAAAUAUUUGUGACAAAGAAGAAACUGUGUGUUCCCAAGAGGACAAUCGGACAUCCUGUAAAAAUUCAGACGCUACUAACUUGGAUGUGAAAAACAACUUUUCUAAAGACAUAGAACCCUUCUCACAGCAGAACGACUUGAGCGAAGUGUGCUAUUCCAACAAGGAUGACCAUUCUGGAGAAAACAUUCCUCCAUCUUCAAAAAACCCACUUGAAAUUUUAAUGCUCGCAGCACAAGAACAUGGAAGCGCAUCAUUGGAAGAAAUGGACACUUCCCAGGAAGAACACUUGAUCCUUGGUGAACAGUGUGAAGAACCUCCUGUUAAAAACCCCUCAAGUGAUACUGAAUCAAUGAAACCUGAAGAAAACUGUAUUGUCCAACCAAACGGCAAUAGCAUGGAUGAACCAGAAGAACAAGGUACUGCCCUCCUAUCCUCUUUACAAAUGAGGAAACGCUUGCAGCCUGUUGUGCUUUUAAAUAAAAUGAAUCCAGCAAUAAGCAAGUCAUACCAGUGCGCACUAUGCCAGCAAAUAACCCUCAGCGUUGAUCAUCUAAUUGAACACCACCACCAUCAACAUUCAGAGCAGAUCUUCUAUUUCUGUAAGACAUCCAAUCAAUACUUAACGAGUAAUGAACGGGCAGACAAACAAUUGGGCUGCAAAAGCGAAGAACCUCGCCUUCCUUCAGAAUUUACGCAGCGGAAAAGAAAGGUUCUCCAUUGCAGAAUUUGCAAAAUCACAUUUUCAAAAUUAAUUCUGUAUGUGAAGCACAUGCGUUGUCACACUGGCAAAACGCCUUACAAGUGUGAUGGAUGCGGCUUAUAUUUUGCACAGACUUCCAGCUUAAAAACGCAUAAGAGUGUACCUGGUAGAUGCAGGAAAUUCAAAACAGAAAAUCCGGAUGCAAAAUCCAGUGACCCUGAAGGUAUCAAGCGAGGUGAACAGCUGGAAAAUCCCUCUCAAUGGUGUGUGAAUUUGUUUGAUAUCCGCAAAGCUAAUGUCUGUCUCUAUUGCGGCAACCAAUACGCAACUCUGAAGAAAGUCAAGAAGCACGUUUACCGCAUGCACAAAGCAAAGCCGAUAGGUGUGUGGCAAAGUCCUACGUCCAUGAAAAUAACUAAAAGGAGAAAGACGACUCCUUGGAAAAUCCAUCUUAAAAAAACUGAAAAUCUUGAAAAUGAGAUAACAAGCAAACAUGAAUGUCCCCUCUGUUCACGAUUUUUUAUGUACUCCUCCAACAGAAAUAGGCAUUUACGUGACUGUGUCAGAAUAGCUAUUAGUGGUGGCAAGGGAAAAGUUGGUAACAGAUAUAGCUGUCCACUGUGCCCCACUACAUUUACUCAGCCAGGUAAUAGAUACAGACAUGUUCACGUCACCUGCUUCAGAAAAACUCUUCAACAAUUAAGAAAGAAGGUAAAAUCGAAGCAAACAGUUGAACCCGAUGACAAGAAACAGUUGACUACAAAGGGACAGAAAAAUGUGAGCAUAGAAAACAAAUUGGAGCAGUCUUAUAAAUGCGAUGUAUGUUCAGAGGUUUUCCAGCAAGUGUCGGAUCUCUACAACCAUGUGAAGAAACAUGAGUCUAAAAUCACUGGCAAAAUGAUCAAGUACAAGACUUCAGUUUUGUCCAGUGAAUCAAAGAUUGCAGCUUUAGUGAAGCCAAAGACAGAGGAACCGGAGGACGAUGGAAAAUCAGACGACAAUGUCAGUGUUUCCCUGAAAAAGACUGAGGAGCCGGAGGACAUUGGAAAACCAGUUGAGAAGGUCAGCGUUUCGCUGACUUGUUGGUAUUGUGACAAAACCUGUGAGACACAAGAGUCAUUACAGAAACAUGAGAGAUGUCACAAAGGUGAAAAGCCAUUCUACUGUCUCGACUGUGGAAGAGAGUUCAAGAGAAGAGUCUACCUCAUGGGUCACAAAGUUGUCCACCAGAGUGUCCAGUGCACACUUUGCACAAAGAAGCUUCCAAAUGCCAGCAAACUUGUCCAGCAUGUCAAGUUGCAUCACAAAGGGGAAAGGUUUCCAUGCCCCAACUGUCCAAAGCAGUUUUGGAAUCCUCCAGAGCUCCUUCAACAUCUCCUUAAUCAUCAAAAGGAUAGGAGGCCACCUCCCUCAAAAAGGGAAACACCCAAGUCCCUCAAAUCCGAACAAGAGCCAAUUGAACCAAUGGCGCUGCAGUGUUCCCUUUGUAAAGAGGAAUUUGAUGACCCAAGGUUACUAAGGAAACACAGUCUUGAACACAUAUCUUCAUGGUGUCGCUGUCCGUAUUGCAAUCAAAAGUUCAAAACCCAUCGUUCUUUGCUACUUCACAUGUACAGACAUGCAGGGGCUAAACCGUAUUCCUGUGAUCAAUGUCGAAAACCUUUCUAUCACAAACAAAGCCUGGAAAUUCACAACAAAAGUUGUCCCCCCAGUCUGCAGACUCAAAACCAAGAUCAAUCCAGAUCCACGCUGAAAAAAUGUACAAUUUGUUUCCGAGUUUUUAUUAAGAAACAUUGCUUCGUUGCUCACAUGAACGGCCACAAGUUGAAUACUCUGAAAGUCUGCACAAACUGCGGGAUGUACUUUGGUGUGAAUAAAUUAGGUAGUCAUCAGCAAACAUGCCUCCAGAUGUCACAAGCCAACAAUGUCUUGUCUUCUAAUGCCGAUGCCUGUCAAACCACUCCACAGAAAAGUCAGACUGGAACACCAUCCAAGUCCGGUGCGUCUAGGAAUCCCAGUCUGCAGACUCAAAACCAAGAUCAAUCCAGAUCCUCGCUGAAAAAAUGUACAAUUUGUACCAGAAGCUUUCUCAGGAAACGUCGCUUCGUUGCUCACAUGAACGGCCACAAGUUGAAUACUCUGAAAGUCUGCACAAACUGCGGGAUGUACUAUGGUUGGAAUAAAUUAGGUAGUCAUCAGCAAACAUGCCUCCAGAUGUCACAAGCCAACAAUGUCUUAUCUUCAAAUCCCGAUGCCUGUCAAACCAUUCCACAGAAAAGUCAAACUGGAACACCAUCCAAGUCCAGUGCGUCUAGCAAUCGUCCAUUUAAGUGUCCAAACUGUCCAUUGAGAUUCAAGUUCAAAUCAAAACUCUUAGAGCACAGCGUUUCCCACACUCGUAUACAACCAUAUGCAUGUACACGUUGUGAUGAACGAUUUUCAUCCAACAUAUCGCGGUUGCGACAUGAAGACAACUGUAAAGUUCCCAAAGAAGAGGAGUCAAACAUUCACGAAGAGACUUCACUAGAAAUAACAGACACCCCUGCUCGUAUAGAGGAAGCACAGAUAGUCCCGAAAAAAGCCGGAGAUGAGUACAAAUGCAAAUUCUGCACAAAGACAUUUGUGAAGCCACGGAGCCUGCGACGUCAUAUAUUGACUCAUAAUGAAGUGAAUCCAUAUCGCUGCAAAACCUGCGGAAGCUGCUUUUCAAGAUAUGAUUAUCUUAAGGUCCAUCAUGCUCAUUGUAAAGGAAAACAAUUGCAGUUGCAAAUCUGCAUUCCCAAAAUCGGUUUGGAUGAUGUUGGCAAGGGCUGGAAAAUCAGGGUCGGUGAACCAACGGAACAGCAGAACGGAUUUCAUUGUCAUGUUUGUUCCAAGAGCCUACCAACUCAGUCUGGAUUGUCCCGCCAUGUCACACUAUUCCAUACUGUCAAAUUGCAUAAGAGUGAUUCAGCGUUCACUCAUGAAAAUUCUUUGAGAUACCACAGGAAGCAUAAUAACUGCAAAAAAGUGGCGCAAAAGCACGAUUCUACUCCACCACAGGAUAAUCUACCAUCACAAAAUGUUAGCCACCCACUCAGUGAUGAAAAGUCCACACCCAGGUUCCAGUUCCAUUCGAAGUCAAAGUACAAAUACGCUUGCAGUUACUGUCCCGGUACUUUUAAGACCAAGGGGCACUUACAGGUACACAGCCGUUGGCACACCGGCGAGAGACCGUAUGUCUGUGAUUGUGGCCUGCGAUUCAUCAGGAGUGACUACUUAAAACGUCAUCGUCUGAAGUGCACGGUCAAACUUUGUAAAACAUGUGGUGUAGCAUUCCCACAAAAAGAACAGAAGGAUCAUCAAAGAACUUGUACUUCAACAUCAGGACAGUCAACAAAGAGGGAAGAAACCUCACAAAGCCCUACGAAGGGCUUUUCAUGUGCAUGUUGUUCUUCACGGUUUUCUUUAUUUUCGCAGCUUCAGGAACACUUUUUAAAUGCCCACAAAGUGGAAACCAAGAAUCCACCCGAGUCUACUGCUCCUCUUCAACAUCUCCUAUCAAACCUACCGGCUAUCAAAGACGAUAAGCGUGACAAACAGCCCAACGAAGGUACAAAUUUGACAUGCAAACUAGAUACCGAACUUGUCGGCGAUGCUUCUGAAUCAUUCGUCUGCCCAGUCUGCAAUCUGUCCUUCGAAAAUAAAGCGGGACUAAAGGGUCAUUCCCGUGUGCAUUCAAAUACGACCCCUUACAAAUGCAGAAUGUGCAACAAAGGCUUUUGGAAGAAAAAACAUUUUCGCAAUCACACCAGGAAAUGCAAAUUUGGAUCUUCCACUGAAAUUGAUACAGCUCAGAAAAUGGAAUCGCCUCUGAAAGCAGACCUUCACGAAACACUCACCGAGUCGAUUCCCUCGUUCAAAGAUGAUGCACGGACAGAUACGGGAGUUUUGCAGGGAAAGUUCUCGUGCAAAGAUGAUUUGAAGGAGUCUCUUCAAAACCCUAACGAAGAUCAGGUGCAAAGCAGUGCAGACAAAGAUAAAGUAGCUCAGUACCAAUGUUCUGAGUGCAAUAUGAGCUUCACCGAUGGUUUGAUGCUAAUCAGUCACCUUGAAGAACAUGGGAGAGAAGAACAAGCAAAUAAGAACAUUAGCUGUUGCAAGUGUCGACGUGUUUACGCCAACGAAAUCGAUUUUGAGAAACACAUGAGAGGUCACGGUUUGAUUAAGAAUUUCCUUUGCUCAUUGUGUCCCAAGUCAUUUUACACAUCGACAGAUUUGGAAGUCCACAAAUCGUACCAUGACCCAAACAGACCAUUUCCAUGUAAACUGUGCAAUCACCGCUUUUGGUCCAGGCAGUCUCUUUGCUAUCAUUACAACGAAGAGCAUCCUGACAAUUCAUUUCCCUGUUCUCACUGUAAAAAGACUUAUGCCACCAAAAAGACUCUCCAAAGACACUUCAAAAAAUGGCAUUUCAAAGAACAAAAAAACUCGAGUCUUGAGCAGGAACCCGUUGUGCCCAAUGAACGUGAUGCUGAUAAAAAAAGUAGCAGUGAGGAAAGUGACUCAGACUCUGCGCCUUACUUCCCGUGCCAUGUAUGUGGAAAAACAUUCCCAACUUCAGAAAAUCUGGAAGAUCAUCAAAAAUGUCAUCUGGGUGAGAAACCUCACGAAUGUGCGGAAUGUGGCAAAUGUUUUUUCCAGUCCGCCCAAUUGGAGCAGCACAAACGUAUGCACAAGUCCGAGUUACAGUGUCAGGUUUGCGGAAGAGGAUUUGUGUCCCACUUCCACUUGCGAAAUCACAAACAUAGUCACGGCAAGAGUCGUCCACACCGUUGCUCCAGAUGUCAACUCAGUUUCUCGGGAGCUUCCCAGUUAGCAGAACACAUGUCUAAGCACCGAGAAGAAAACUUCCCAUGUGACAUAUGCAGCCAAGUGUUCCCCUCCAAGAGUAGUCGAGCUGAGCACAGAAAGGAACACACCAUUUCAACCGAGCGCCCUUCACCUUUGCCUGAAAAGUUGCCUUCGUCCUCGGAAACUUGCCCGCCAAAGUUCAAAACCUUGAAAUACCGUUGUGGUUCAUGUAACGAGCGCUUCAAAAACCCAGAGGACAUCGCAGAGCAUGCUUGCCAGGGAUCCAAAGAACGCCGCUAUUCCUGUCCUGAUUGCGAUAAACAUUUUCCACACUCAUCCCAGCUGAAACAGCAUAGAAUCAGCCAUCAAAAGUCAACGGCUAAUAUCCAAUAUUUAUGUAAUCACUGCAAUACCACAUAUUCCUCCCUUGAUGACUUCCAGAAACAUAUGAAAGUCCAUAAAAAUGAGAUCCCUUUACCUGCAACUGGUAAUCAUUAUAAUGCGAAGGACACCACCGUUCCUGUUCAUACUUCCAAUGCGGUGGAAUGCAAAAUUUGCAGCAUGGUCUUUUGGUCCCAAAAUGACCUUGACAAACAUGUGGAGGAACAUCAUACAUCUCUUUCAGCGUUUCGAUGCAAUGGAUGUAAUAAGAGAUUUGGGACAAUUGAUGCUUUUGACCAACACCCCUGUGCCCGUAAGCAGCAAGAAAGUAACCAGCAGGAGGUUUCGCAGGAGGAAGAGAUUGAUGUCACUGUCGAGGAUUCACACCAUUGUAGCAAUUGCGCAAUGCAGUUUGCUUCCAAAAGUCUUCUCUUGGAGCAUCAAAACAAAGUGCACUUAAAGGAAACACCAUUCAAAUGCAAGUAUUGCGCAAAAUAUUUCGCCAACAUCCAUUCCCUUAAAAGGCAUAAGCUCAACCUGCACGAAAAGUCAAAGCAAAGCAAGCUGAAAUGUCCUCACUGCUCUUCUCAAUUCGACAAAGCUGAAGAUCUUUCAUUACACAUGAGAAUGCAUGCUGAACAUCAAGUUGGACAGCACCGCUGUGAUAUGUGCUACAAAUCGUUUACACACGCUUCUCAGCUUUUGCGCCAUCAAGAAAGCCAUGUGGGCCAAAUUGUGUAUGAAUGCACUGAAUGCGAUAAGGCCUUUGCUUUUCCUCAUCUGCUGGAAGAGCAUCAACGGACGCAUGCUGAGCUUACAAAAUAAUGCUCAAUGUAUAACAUCUACUCCUUCAAUAACAUCUGGUUGGGCCUUCAAAAAUCACCACAUCCUAUUCGGCUCAGGACCUCAGAACUUGUAAAUAAAUAUAUAUUCUACUGUUGGACUUUGUAAAGAUACAUAGACCAAAAGUUCUCGAUGAUUGUUCAUAUACUAGACUGUACACUGAUUCUCUUAUUUUGAACUCUAAAUAGUCAUAUUGUUAAAAAGUGAUAUAAAAGGAUUCCGUAUUUUUGAAAUUUCAAAAGCUUUAUUUUCGAGGCCUUGGAGUUGUUUUUAGUCUGUUCCGUUGACGACUAGGACAUCGUUGUAUGCCGGGUCAUGUUUUUGUAUAUACUUUUGUGUUUUUGUUUGCUUAAAUUUGAAGAAACUCUCAUUCAUUACACAAAUGGUCCAAAUCAUUUAUGUCCUGAACACGUUUAUUGGAUUUUGUUUACUGACUCAACAGGACAUUCUAUUUGACUUGUCUAUACCACUUCUAUAGGAGAAAAAUAAAUGUUGGUUUGUCAUGAGAA